AUGCAAUCAGUUGGCCAACAUCACAACAACCAAUACUGUAAUGGAGAUGAUGAUAUAUUACAAGAGGUUUACUCUGCAGCUGGUAAUGCAGAUUUUUCAAAUAUUCAUUGGCAAAACUAUGAUGUCGAAUCAUAUAGUAAACAAUUGGUAUCAAACACAAAGACAAGCUUUACCAUUUAUUUGACAGAUCAAGAUGGAAAUGAAGUAAAUUUAAAUGGUACCUAUAGAAUAUAUAGAAUUAAAAAAAUGGAACAAGCAAUUUCAAAUCAAUUUGAUUAUCGACAAAUGGUUGGAUCAGGACCACAAUAUGAAUACACUCGAGUAUAUCCUCAAGCUGGAGCAACUCAAACAACAGUUUAUCAAGGAGGAAAUGACACUAUAUUUGAAAUACCACCAACCAAAGCAUUUAAUCUAAGUAGGUCAUGGUUUCAAUUUACAUUUACAUUGCCAGCAACCAAUGCAAAGUUUGGAUUUGUAUUUACUGAUUUUAUUCCAUUCUUUAGACAGAUACAUUAUUAUGGAUCAUACAAACUCUCAUUUACAUUCUAA